AAUUGAACCUGAAGACGAUGAGACUCAGCAUGCAUUUUCUCUGGUUGGCGAUGAUCAUUAUGGUAGAAUUUCGUUUGGCAUACAGCCUUACAGAACUUGAUGCAAACUUCAGAUUUCUUGCGAUGCCAGAGGACGCAGCCGGAGAACGAUAUUCAAUUAGAUUAUCGAAACGCAACGUUCAACCCAACAAGAUUAAGACAGAUGGCAGUUUCACAGAUAUAACUUAUGGCGACAAUACCUACAAAAUGUCAAAGCCUUUUACAAAACACGGUGACAGAUUGACUAAAAUCAUUCAGUCGUAUUUUUUAAACCGUAACCAGAACUAUUUCUACCAAAAUGCCACGACGUGGGAAUGGGUCGUGAAAUCUUGGGAAUUUCUUGCGUAUAGCGUACCUGACAACACAGAUUGGAACUGGUGGGGUUAUCAAAUUGGCGUCCCGCGGUCCUUCUGGGCUGGUCUCUUCCUCUCGAGGGGUUUAAUCAAUGACACGCUAUACGACGAUUUGAUUAAAAGAUACUGGACGGACCGUACGGUUUGGGAUUACGAACGAAAGAAAGAUGGAUACAUAUCGGCGUCAAAUCUGGCAAAUAGAGGCUUCCUUGGGUUGUUCGAGACUUAUUACAAAAACAGAACUAUUUUUGAAGUCAGACGAAACCAGAUCCUCGAGUACUUGACUAUGGAAAUCGUAAAUAAAACGACGUACCAAGGGGAGGGUGUAGGAGCCGAUUACUGUAUUCACGUCCACAAUCUACACGUAGGACGCUAUGAGGGCAAAUACAACAACUCACAUUUACGUCUGAUGAUGUACAAUGGCGGUUAUGGGGCUGUGUUUCUCAAGAGAGCUGGCGCCAUCUAUUUAGCACUUCACGACUCCUCUUAUGCGGUGGAAGAGCAUGUGUUGGCAGAGUUCAUAAACAUGUUCUUGGAGUGUCAUCAAUAUUUGGUGCGGGGCCGUACAUUCGAGCCCACCUCAGUUGGACGUAAUAUUGAUGAUAACCAGCGAGUGACUUAUUGGGCGUCUUUGGACUCGAUCUACAAGGUAGCGAGAUUGCUGUUACAACUUAAUUACCGCAGGACUGAACUAGAAAAUGUGAUAACAAGAUAUAAAAAACAUGGUCCUACUAGUAUAGCAAACGCCCUCAUUGGCAACAGGGGAUUUUUUGCCUCGGACAUGAUAGUUCACCAUAGAUUAAGUUACAUGGUGAGUGUGCGUAUGUUUUCCUGCCGCACAGUCCGACCUGAAACUUGGCUCAGCAGCAGAAGGAAAAACAACCCCGAUGGGUAUUAUACUGGCGAUGGAUUUGUGACUCUUCUACAGGAUGACCAUGAGUUCGGAUCAAGAUACAAUGAGGUUUUUCAAUAUUAUGACUGGGAAAAGAUUCCAGGUACGACAGUCGAAUAUCGUGGGCAGGUUCCCCGGGAAGGUAUGGAGAGAAAUGUCGGUAAUCCAAACGGGUUUCCUCAUCAUAUAAGUAACGCUGCCUUCGUUGGCAGUGUCUCCAAUGGAAUGUACGGUGCUGCUGCAAUGGACUACGAUCGUCCAACCGUCAACAUAACUCUGAAGAAGUCUUGGUUUUUCUUUGAUGACGAAGUCGUCUGCUUGGGUAGUGAUAUUGAGAGGCGCGAAACUAAUGAGGUGACCGAGCUACCAAUUAUAACUACUCUGAACCAAAUAAUCCAAAAUGGUGACAUUGCAUAUAGUAAUUCAGACACAUGGCAAUUUGUGGGGUCAAACACGACAACACAUGUCCCAAAUGUUAAAUGGAUUCACCACAACAAUGCGGGAUAUGUUUUUCCACACGGAGCAGAUGCAAAUGUCGAUUCCUAUAUUAAACAUGCAAAUGGUAAAACUCUGAAAGUCGCUACAAUGUGGAUGGAACAUGGUGUAGAACCGUAUGCGUAUAUCAUGUACCCAGGUGUAACCAUAGCUCAAACUGAGCAACGUCACGCAAAUCCAUCAGUGGCGAUCUUGCAACAGGACUCAAAUGCCCAUAUUGUGUACCAAUCAUCGCUUGAUAUACUUUCCAUGGUUGUAUUCAAUGGUCCAUUCUCCUUCGUUUACCCAGAUACUGAAUUGUCCUUUUCUUUCACAGUUGAUCAGGCUUGUAUUUUGAUGAUUCAGCACUUGCAGUCAAAUAACAGUCUUUCAAUCACCGUUUCGUUCCCUCCGCAGAUAACAGCGACAGUUGGUAUUACAUUCGGUUUGCAUCUGACAGGAGUUGACUCAAUUUACAGUUCCAAUGAGCACGAAUCAAAAGUUCUAUUUUAUUUCUCAGAUGAUCUGAGAGUUGCUGGAAAAAGUCAAACGAAGAAUUUGAAGAUUGAACCAAUAAUCACGACAACAACUGAAUCUACAAUCGCAACGACUGAACCUACUACCACAAUAACUGAAAAAAUAACUGAACAAACAACAACAAAUGAACUUUCAACCAUACCAACUGAAGCUACAACCACAUCAACUGAGGCUACAGCCUCUACAACUGAACCUAUAACCGCAAUUACUGAACCUACAACUGCAGUAAUUGGACUUACAACCGCAAUUACUGAACCUACAACUGCAGCAAUUGGACCUGCAACCGCAAUUACUGAACCUACAACCACAUCAAUUGAACCUUCAACCGCUGAACCUACAACAGCAACAAUUGAACCUACAAAAACAACAUCUGAACCUCCAACCACAACAUCUGAACAUACAACCGCAAUAACUGAACCUACAACCACAAAAUUUGAACCUACAACCUCAAUAACCGAACCUACAACCAGACAAUCUGAACCUACAACCUCAACAGCCAAACCUACAACUACACAAACAACUGAACAGACAACUAUUGCAGCUAAACCUACAACCUCAACAACCGAACCUACAACCACAAAGUCUAAACCCACAACCGCAACAGCUGAACAGACAACUACUGCAGCUGAACCUACAACCUCAACAACCGAACCUACAACCACAAAGUCUAAACCCACAACCGCAACAGCUGAACAGACAACCACUGCAGCUGAACCUACAACCUCAACAACCGAACCUACAACCACAAAGUCUGAACCUACAAACGCAACAGCUGAACAGACAACUACUGCAGCUGAACCUACAACCUCAACAACCGAACCUACAACCACAAAGUCUGAACCUACAAACGCAACAGCUGAACAGACAACUACUGCAGCUGAACCUACAACCUCAACAACCGAACCUACAACCACAAAGUCUGAACCUACAAACGCAACAGCUGAACAGACAACUACUGCAGCUGAACCGACAUCCUCAACAGCCGAACCUACAACCACAAAAUCUGAACCGACAACCUCAACCACCGAGCCUACAACCACAAAAUCUGAACAUACAACCUCAAUAACCGAACCUAAAACCACACAAUCUGAACCUACAACCUCAAGAACCGAACCUACAACCACACAAUCUGAACCCACAACCUCAACGACCGAGCCUACAACCACAAAAUCUGAACAUACAACCGCAACAGCUGAACAGACAACUACUGCAGCUGAACCUACAACCUCAACAACCGAACCUACAACCACAAAGUCUGAACCUACAACAGCAACAGCUGAAUCUACAACAACAGCUGAACCUACAACCUCAAAAACUGAGCACACAACCACAACAACUAACCUUAAAGCCACAAAAAUUGAACCCACAACCACAAAUACUGAACAUUCAACAACCACAGCUACUGAACCUUCAACCACAUCAAUCGAACCCACAACCACAACAACUGAACCUACAACUAACACCACCCCUAUAACGACUGAACCUACAACUACAACAACCGCAAGAAAUGAAUCUACAACCGAGGUCAUUAAACCUACUACAACUGAACGUACAGCCAUAACAACUAAAUAUACAACCGCAGCAACUAAAUCUACAACAAAUGAGCCUAUAACCACAACAUCUGAACCUACAACCACAGCAGCUGAACCUAAAACGAUAACAACUGAACCUACAAUCACAAAAUCUGAACCCACAACCUCAACAGCCGAACCUACAACCACAACAUCUGAACCUACAACCUCAACGACCGAACCUAAAACCACGCAAUCUGAAUCUACAACCUCAAGAACCGAAUCUACAACUACACAAUCUGAACCUACAACCUCAACGACCGAACCUACAACCACAAAAUUUGAACAUACAACCUCAACAACCGAACCUACAACCACACAAUCUGAAUCUACAACCUCAAAAACCGAACCUACAACUACACAAACAGCUGAACAGACAACUACUGCAGCUGAAUCUACAACCUCAGCAACCGAAACUACAACCACAACGUCUGAACCUACAAACGCAACAGCUGAACCUACAACAACAGCUGAACCUACUACCUCAAAAACUGUACACACAACCACCCAUACUGAACAUUCAACAACCACAGCAACUGGACCUUCAACCAUAACAACUGACUCUACAACUUCAACAAUUGAACCGACAACCUCAACAACGGAACCUUCAAGCACAUCAAUCAAACCCACAACCAUAACAACUGAACCUACAACUUCAAAAACUGAGCCCCCAACCACAACAGUUGAAUCUAUAGGCAAUAUAGUUGAAUCUGUUUCCAAUAUAGAUUGA